AUGGUCGGCGCGGGCGCGGGCGUCGGUGGACCUACCGUCGGCCUCGGGUUCGGCGCGCUCGCCGCCGCCGAGGGCAAGGGCAAGGAGCGCCAGGGCCCGUCGCCCGGCGCGAGCGCGGGUGCGGCCGACAGGGUGGGCGCGCGCGCGAGCCCGGCAGAGCGGGAGCCGCCGAGGCGUCAGACGGUGCGGCCGGCAGAGUUCAGGCGCAGGGGCGAGGAGCUCGGGUUGUCGCUCGGUGACUUUGACAUGCUUGACACGCUCGGCACCGGCACUUUCGGUCGCGUCCUCCUCGCUCGACUGCGCACGUCGCCCAACCGGCCCAACCAGACGCAGCCGCACUACUUCGCGAUGAAGGUCCUCGAGAAGAACACGGUCGUGCGCCUGCGCCAGGUCGAGCACGUCAAUUCGGAGCGCUCGACGCUCGCGCACGUGCGGCACCCGUUCGUCGUCAACCUGUUCUGCACCUUCCAGGACGAGGCCAACCUGUACAUGCUCCUCGAGUACGUCCAGGGCGGCGAGCUCUUCUCGCACCUGCGGCGCGCGCAGCGCUUCUCGGCCGACGUCGCGCGCUUCUACACGGCCAACAUCAUCCUCGUCCUCGAGAACCUGCACGCCCAGGACAUCAUCUACCGCGACCUCAAGCCCGAGAACCUCCUCAUCGACUCGACCGGCCACAUCAAGGUCACCGACUUUGGCUUUGCCAAGUACGUGCCCGAGCGCACCUGGACCCUGUGCGGCACGCCCGAGUACCUCGCUCCCGAGAUCAUCACCGCCACGGGCCACGGCGCCGCCGCCGACUGGUGGGCGCUCGGCGUCCUCCUGUUCGAGCUCCUCGCCGGCUACCCGCCCUUCUUUGCCGACAACCCGCUCGAGAUCUACGAAAAGAUCCUCGCCGGGCGGUAUGGCGUCCCGCGGCACAUCGACCCGCUCGCCAAGGACCUCAUCGGGCGGCUCUUGACCGACGACCUCACCAAGCGGCUCGGCAACCUCAAGGGCGGCGCGCAGGACGUCAAGAACCACCCGUGGUUCGAGGGCGUCGACUGGGAGUCGCUCGCGCGCAAGGAGAUCAGGGCGCCCAUCAUCCCGAUGACGAUCAACCCGGGCGAUGUGAGCAACUACGAGCGGUACCCGGCGACGGCCAUCGAGACGCUGCCCGGCGUCCUGCGCGCCAUCUCGCAGCGCAAGUACGGCUUCAGCCCCGAGAAGGGCCCCGACCCGUACGGGUACCUGUUCCCGCUCUUCUAG